AUGGCUAGGUUCCAGGCUGACCCUUCCUCUGAGAGUUCCUCUGUGAAUGGUGAUGCAACUCCACGCACUCCUCCCACUCCAUGUCCACAGGUACUGGGCAAUGGGGCCUACUGCGGCAUGAGCAUGCUCUGCACUCGGUGCGUAGAAAGUCGUGAAUUGCCUGACUCCAACUCCAAUACCAAGUCUGGUCUCUUUGGCCAGACUAAGAGUGACAAGCCUGACUCCAGCUCCAAUGUUACAUCUGGUCUCUUUGGCUCCAACUCCAAUACCAAGUCUCGUCUCUUUGGCCUGACUAAGAUUGACAGGCCUGACUCCAAAUCGGAUGCCCCUGCUGCCCGAUCUGAGGCUUCUCCAUGCACCGGAGACAUUCCUCUAAGUGAGCGGGAAUGGACCUUCUGCACUAAGUGUUACUCGCAUGACUGCCCUAAUGCCAUUACCACUGUCGGCCCUCCGCUCUGCCCUACGUGUCGCAAACCUGGCUGUCUCGGCGCUACAAGAAAGCCUGACUCUAUGUUGAACCCCCACUGGAAGUUCAAGAGUGAUUAUGUGCCCAAGUCUGGGUCUCUAUUCACGUCUGACUCGCCCAAUUCCGAUGGCUUGCCCAAGGGUGAUAACCCUGACUUCAAAGCCCUCAACGCCAAAUGUGAUGAUCUUUGCGCCGGUGUCGAUGCCCUUGGAGCCAAUUUCGAUGCCCUUCGCGCCGAAGUGGAGGGCCUACAUGUUUACUUGAAGUCCGAAUUCAAGAGUAUGGACUCCAAAUUUGAUGCUUUUAUCCGCAAUGCGGAUGAUGUUGUCGAGAAAUUAAAGGCUCUGGAGCUAUCUGGAAUUUAG